AUGGACGCGGAGACCGCGCACAACGUCGGGAUCGCGCUCAUGGAGCGCGGGAUCGCGCCCGCGGAGUCGCGCCGCGACGACCCCGCGCUGCGCGUCGAGCGAUGGGGCCUGACGUUUCCCAACCCGAUCGGCCUCGCCGCGGGAUUCGACAAGGACGCGCGCGCGUUCCCGGCGCUGCGCGCGAUGGGGUUCGGCUCCGUGGAGAUCGGGAGCGUCACGCCCAGGCCGCAGCCGGGGAACGCGAAGCCGCGCGUGUUUCGCCUGCCGAACGAGCGCGCGGUCGUGAACCGGUACGGGUUCAACAGCGAAGGGCACGACGCGGCGGCGGCGCGGCUGGCGUCCAACGUCCCGCAGGUGCACGCGGCGGUCGACCGAGAUCUCACCGGCUACGGCCCGCUCGGGGUGAACCUCGGGAAGAACAAGACCACGCCGGAGGACGACGCGGUGGAGGAUUACGUCGAGGGCGUGCGCGCGUUGGGUCGUCGCGCGGAUUACCUCGUCGUCAACGUGUCGUCGCCGAACACGCCCGGCCUUCGGAACCUCCAGUCGAAGAGACACCUGACGCGGUUGCUGACGCGGGUGCUGAGAGCGCGCGACGCGCUGCCGGACGGGCACCGCCCGCCCGUGCUUCUCAAGAUCGCGCCGGACUUGACCGAGGACGACGUGAAGCAGAUCGCGGCGGCGGCGCUCUCGACGCGCGUCGACGGCGUCGUGGUGUCGAACACGACCGUCGCGCGGCCGGACGACGUCUUCGACGGGGAGUACGCGCACCUCAGGGACGAAGCCGGCGGUCUCAGCGGCGCGCCGCUGUUCGAGUCCUCCACCGAGGUGUUGAGGGAGCUCUACGCGCGCACGAGAGGGAAGGUGACGCUCGUGGGGUGCGGCGGCGUGAGCGACGGCGAGGACGCGUACGAGAAGAUUCGCGCGGGCGCGUCGCUCGUGCAGCUGUACACCGCCUUCGCGUACGAGGGUCCCGCGAUCGUGCCGAGGUUGAAAGAGGAGUUGAAGGCGUGCCUCGAGCGCGACGGGUACGAUUUCAUCGAGGAGGCCGUCGGCGCGGAUCACUUGACCGGGAAGGCGAAAGCCGCGGACGAGGAGCGAAGGAAGCACGCGAGGAGCGGGUGGUGA